AUGCCCUCCUCCGUAAGGGCGGGGAGCCUGAAGGAUCCCGAGGUGGCUGAGCUUUUCUUCAAGGAAGAUCCAGAGAAGCUCUUCUCUGACCUCCGAGAGAUUGGCCAUGGCAGCUUUGGCGCAGUGUACUUUGCUCGGGAUAUCCGCACAAAUGAGGUGGUGGCAAUCAAAAAGAUGUCCUACAGUGGCAAGCAGUCCAACGAGAAAUGGCAGGACAUUAUUAAGGAGGUGAAGUUUCUCCAGAGGAUCCGUCACCCCAACAGUAUAGAAUAUAAAGGCUGUUACCUCCGCGAGCACACAGCAUGGCUGGUGAUGGAGUACUGCCUGGGCUCUGCCUCUGAUUUGCUGGAAGCCGAUGCCGAUUUCUUCUCUCACGCAGUGCACAAAAAACCCCUGCAAGAAGUGGAGAUUGCUGCCAUCACACAUGGUGCUCUGCAAGGACUGGCCUACCUUCAUUCCCACAACAUGAUCCACAGGGAUGUGAAGGCAGGAAACAUCCUGCUGACCGAGCCUGGCCUAGUCAAGCUGGCAGACUUUGGCUCCGCCUCUAUUGCCUCACCCGCCAACUCCUUUGUGGGAACUCCAUAUUGGAUGGCUCCAGAGGUGAUUCUAGCUAUGGAUGAAGGCCAGUAUGAUGGGAAGGUGGACAUCUGGUCUUUAGGGAUCACCUGUAUAGAAUUGGCUGAGAGGAAGCCUCCUUUGUUUAACAUGAAUGCAAUGAGUGCCUUAUACCAUAUAGCGCAGAAUGAGAGCCCAACACUGCAGUCCAGUGAAUGGACCGAUUACUUUAGGAACUUCAUUGAUUCUUGCCUUCAGAAAAUCCCCCAGGACAGGCCGCACUCUGACGACAUGUUGGGUCAUGCUUUCCUGCAACGCGAACGUCCAGAUUCCGUUCUGAUGGAUCUCAUUCAGAGAACCAAGGACGCCGUGCGCGAGCUGGACAACCUGCAGUACCGUAAAAUGAAGAAGAUCCUCCUCCAGGAGGCUCACAACGGGCCCACCACAGAAGCACAGGAUGGAGAUGAGGACCUGGAGCCGGGCGGCGGCCGGACAGGGACGGUGAACAGCGUGGGCAGCAAUCAGUCCAUCCCCAGCAUGUCCAUCAGCGCCAGCUCCCAGAGCAGCUCCGUCAACAGUCUGAACGAGGCGGCCCAGGACAGCCGCAGCGAGCUGGACCUGAUGGAGGGAGACCACACGGUCAUGUCCAACAGCUCUGUCAUACACCUCAAACCGGAGGAAGAGGAGACUCUCUCUGCAGAGCAGGCGGCCAGCAGUCAGCCCACUGAGCCCCCGGCAGCUCCAGCUCAGGCCCCGAGGAAGCACUACCGCAACAGAGAGCACUUUGCCACCAUACGCACAGCAUCACUUGUGACCCGUGAGAUGCAAGAGCAUGAGCAGGAUUCAGAGCUGAGGGAGCAGAUGUCGGGGUACAAACGCAUGAGGCGGCAACACCAGAAGCACCUGAUGGGCCUGGAGAACAAGCUGAAAGGGGAAAUGGAUGAGCACAGGCUGAGGCUGGACAAGGAGCUGGAGAGCCAGAGGAACAACUUCACACAGGAGAUGGAGAAGCUGCUCAAGAAACACCAGGCGGCCCUGGAGAAAGACCUGAAGACGUUUGCCAAUGAUGAGAAGAAGUUCCAGCAGCACAUCCAGGCCCAACAGAAGAAGGAGCUCAGCAGCUUCUUGGAGUCACAGAAGCGAGAGUAUAAACUUCGGAAGGAACAACUCAAAGAGGAACUGAGUGAGAAUCAGUCGACUCCCAAAAAAGAGAAGCAGGAGUGGCUGUCCAAGCAGAAAGAAAACAUCCAGCACUUCCAGCUGCGCUGCGUCCAAACUCAGGCGGAGGAGGAGGCCAACCUGCUGAGGAGACAGAGGCAGUACCUGGAGCUGGAGUGUCGGCGCUUCAAACGCAGGAUCCUCAUUGCCCGACACAACGUGGAGCAGGACCUGGCUCGAGAGGAGCUGAACAAGCGACAGACUCAGAAGGACCUCGAACAUGCAAUGCUGCUCAGGCAUCACGAGUCAAUGCAGGAGCUGGAGUUCAGGCACCUGGGGACCAUCCAGAAGGCCCGCGCCGAGCUGAUCCGAACCCAGCACCAGACAGAACUCACCAACCAGCUGGAAUACAAUAAGAGGAGGGAGCGGGAGCUGAGGCGUAAGCACGUCAUGGAGGUCCGACAGCAGCCCAAGAGCCUCAAGUCUAAGGAGCUUCAGAUUAAGAAGCAGUUUCAGGAGACGUGCAAAACCCAGACCAGGCAGUACAAGGCCCUCAGAAACCAACUGCUCGAGACUACACCCAAGUCUGACCACAAGGCCGUGCUCAAAAGGCUGAAGGAAGAACAGACCAGGAAGCUGGCGAUCCUGGCAGAGCAGUAUGAUCACUCCAUCAAUGACAUGCUCUCCACACAGGCUCUGCGGUUGGAUGAGGCUCAGGAGGGCGAGUAUCAGGUGCUACGGAUGCAGCUGCAGCAGGAGCUGGAGCUGCUCAAUGCCUACCAGAGCAAGAUCAAGAUGCAGACAGAAGCUCAGCACGACAAGGAGAGGAGGGAGCUGGAGCAGAGGGUGUCUCUGCGGAGGGCUCUGCUGGAGCAGAAAAUCGAGGAGGAAAUGCUUUCCCUGCAAAACGAGCGCUUGGAGCGAAUCCGCUCGCUGCUGGAGCGCCAGGCCCGAGAGAUCGAGGCCUUCGACUCCGAGUCCCUGCGGCUGGGCUUCAGCAACAUGGUGCUCACCAACCUUACCCCCGACUCCCAGGGAGGCUGGGGCGGAGGAGGUGGAGGGGGCCAGGGGGGUCAGGGGGGAGGCCACUGGCCCGGAGGAGGUGGAGGAGGUGGCCACCACAGCCACCACCACCAGGGGGGCUCCAGCUCACAGCAGCCCUGGGGACACCCCAUGCUAGCUGGGGGCCCACCGCCCUGGAGCCUCCACCACCCCGGAGGAGGGAGUCAGAGGAGCAGCCAGGGAGGGGCCGGAGGGGUGAGGAACAGCCCGCAGGCUAUGAGGAGGACGUCAUCAGGGGGGAGGAGUGAACAGGGCAUGAGCAGGAGCGCCAGCAUCACCUCUCAGAUCUCCAACGGAUCCCACCUGUCGUACACCUAG